AUGCACCCGAGACACGCCGGUGCUCCGUACCGUUUCCCGUUCACUCGAUCGCCACACACCGCACACCCAUCAUCGAAUUGUGUCGAUGAUGUGCCCGGUGGCGAGAGCUCUGGUGAGGAAGAGGUGCCGAUGCCACCGUAUGUCAUCAGGCCGCCCGAUGACAUUAUCGGAGCUAUUGGGGAGGCCGAAAACCAGUGUGAUUCUGAAGUUGGAGGCAUUUGA